GAAAGUUUGAUACAUACAUUUUGUAAUUCUAGCCCUGCAUUCAUGGCUUCCUCCUCCUCGUCUCGCCAACAAAUUGUAGAAUAUGAACAACAAAAGCAAAGAUCGAUUGCAGAUCCUAAACUAUAUGAUGCAUUCAUCAUCCACCGAAGCCCUGACGUCAAACACACCCUUGCUAAACAAUUAUAUGACCUUCUUAAGGCCAGAAAGUGCCGGGCAUUUCUAGACCGUGAAGAGAUAGAAGGGGGAGAUUCUAUUCCUGCUGCCACUCACAAUGCAAUAUGCUCAUCUGUGGUUCAAAUAGCCAUCUUUUCAAGAAGAUAUGCAGAAUCAUCGUGGUGUUUGGACGAGCUGGUUCUUAUGUUAGAACAAACUGAUGCCCUCUUUAUUCCUGUCUUCUACGAUGUGUAGCCCUGGGAGCUAGGCGACAUCGAGAACGAGCAGUCACAGUACUCUGCGGCUUUUUCUGAUUAUCAAAGGAAAGGGAGGAAUCUUCAUAAGCUUGAGCAAUGGAAAACUUCCCUUGAAUCUGCUUCAAAGACACCUAGUUAUGAAAAAAGCGAGCAUGAAGACAAUUUGGGUGAAGAGAUUGUAUCCCGUGUGCUGCAAGAAAUGAAAAAGAGGACCCCGUUACAUGUUGCGAAAUAUCCAGUUGGACUUCCUGAACUCGUCCAAGAUUUCGAAAGGUCUUGUUCAAUGACAGCGAGGGGCAAGGUCACGAUAGUAGGGAUCUUUGGUCUAGGUGGGGUUGGCAAGACCACCCUAGCAAAAGAAUUGCUUAACAUUAAGUGUUCUGGCUACAAUGCAUCAUGUUUUCUCUACGAUGUGAGAGAAUCACAUGCCAGACAUGAUUUGCAUACCUUGCAAAGUAAGUUAUUCAAAGAUCUGUUUAAUGAAGAUCGAAAGUUUGGCCAUGCUGCUGAGGGAAUAGGACAACUGGAGCAUCAUCUGGGAAGGGCAAAGCAUUUGCAUUUUCUUAUUGUCCUCGAUGAUAUCAAUCAUCGGGAACAGCUAGAUUUCCUUUUACCUGAAGCUAUGCUAGGCCCUGGUAGCCUUGUAAUUAUGACAACCCGUGACCAAAGCGUGUUAGCGGGUGCAGAUAUCCAUUAUAGGGUGAAAGAAAUGAAUUGGGAUAAUGCUAAAACUCUUUUCUGUAACCAUGCAUUUUGCGGACGGGAUCCACCCACCGCAUUUGAGAAAUUGGUUGAAAGCUUCGUGGGAUUUUGUGGAGGUUUACCUCUCUCACUGAAAGUUCUGGGUGCCCAUCUUUAUGGUAGAAAUGAGGAUUAUUGGGAGUUAGAAUUUCAAAAGGUCAAGAAUAUCCAGCCCAGGGAUAUAAUGCAAAGUCUUAAAAUCAGCUUUUAUGGUCUGGACAGUCAGGAGAAACAGAUAUUUAUAGAUAUUGCUUGUUACUUCAAUAAACAGUCAAUAUAUCUUGUCAAAAAUGUGGCUAUGUCAAUCUGGGAAGCAUCCGGUUGGAGCGCUGAACUUGCAGUUCAAACCCUGCAAGAUAAGUGCCUAGUGGAAUUUGAUAUCAACGAUGAGUUUCAAAUGCAUGAUCACCUCCGUGAUCUGGGAAGACAAUUGGCAGACGACUUGAUUCCUCCUCGGAUGUGGAAACCAGAGCUUCUUAGAUCUAUGGUGUGCUUCUUCUAAACAUUCUUAAACUGAAACAAAAAAAAUCUUUAGGAAAAGGAUUUGAGUUUAUGUAGCUUUAUAUUUUUCCCAGCUAACCUCACAUUUAACGCAGAUCCUUUUAUAUGCAGGAAGCAGUGGGAUUUAAACAGAUCAUAGAAGAAAGAAAGUGCAGGUGUUUCCAUUCGUUCCUGGAUUCCUCCCUUGAAACUGAAAUUACCUAUUUUAUAGGUAGUACAAAUGACUCUGCGGAGACUGAACUUCUCUGGCUUGAAUUUGGUGACGAAGAGGACAUCUUAAAUAGCAUUCCUUCUUGGAUUCCUCUCCAAAAGUUGCGCUAUUUAGCUGUUUCGAACGUGGAAGAAUUGUGGAGCACUUUUCAGCAACAGAUGCAGACC